UUUUGGUAAAGCCCAAAGGCUUUUGGGUUUUUGAUAGCUGAAGAAAAGAAACAACAAUACAAAGACGGGGAGGGAGGGAGGAGGAUGAGCGGAGCAGGAGCACCCGAUUUCUUCUACAGAGAGGCUCAGCGCCUAGGUUACGUCGCUCGCUCCGCCUUCAAGCUGUUUCAGAUGCAGAAGCAGUACAAGCUCAUUAAACCCGGCUCUUCCGUCCUCGACCUUGGUUGUGCUCCUGGUGCCUGGCUUCAGGUAGCUUGUCAGAGCUUGGGACCAUUAAAAACAGGUGGCGUUGUUGUCGGCAUUGAUCUGAAGAAGGUGAAGGUCCCUUCUCUUUACUGUGAUGCAAGAGUUCAAACUGUUUGUGCAGAUGUCAUGAACCUCCCGAGACACCAAGUUCGAGCACUCUCUCCUCAGCUUUAUCAACAGGGUUGUCGCAUAGGUUUAAUUCCUUUUCCCCUAGAAUGUUCAGUGAUAAAACAAGAAGAGUGCUCUAGUGCAUUUGUAUCACUAGGAUUAUCUAGCAUGCAGCAAGGAUUUUCUGUCAUACUCUCAGAUAUGUGUCCCCUAGUUUCUGGAAUCAAUAUUAAAGAUGCAGCAUUAUCUGCUGAGUUAGGGAUGCGAGCACUUGAUUUGGCUGUUGGAAGUGGUGCCUUAUCUGAUAUUGAUACCAAUGAUAUGGAUAGGGAGGGCCUAUCGGAUGGCUCUGCUUCCGGUUCAAAUGAUGGUGGUGUACUGAGACCUGGGGGCCACCUAGUCAUUAAGCUUCUAGAGAGUGAAGAUGUAAAAGAAUUCAGCGGAAUUUGCAAACUACUCUUCAGAAAGGCGUCGUGGUUGAGGCCUAAAGCUACCCGAUCAUCUUCCAGAGAGAUCUACUUGAUAUGCCAGAGUUUGCUCCCAUUGCUGAAACUAUCGAAGAUUUUUUAAUGCACGAAGCUCAGGAAUGCACAAACCGCAAAAAUGAUAUCAUUGUGCCUGGAUAUGUGGCACACCUCUCUAAUGGAUAGACAAAUACGAAAUACUGGUUAAUGGUACAAGAUUUUGUUUCGACUCUAGAUGUUUUUCUGCAUUUUAUCUCAUGAACUGGUUUGUGCGUGAAUUGUUAUUGGGAUCUAACAAAACGAAAUAUUUUGGUCAUCGUUCUUUUGGGGUUCUAUGCCCUGUACAUGGAAAUGAAGAACUUUCUAUCCAUGGAUUUUGUAAUUCUAUUAAACUUGGUUUGGGUUUUGGCUUUCUGGAAUUACACGUGAAGA